GCCGCGGCGGCGCUCCUAGCGCGGAGAGGGGCGCUGGUGUCUGCCGCCAUGGGGCGGUACUCGGGGAAGACGUGCCGCCUCAUCUUCAUGCUGGUGCUGACCACCGGCUUCUUCGCGGCCGAGCUGGUGUCGGGCUACAUGGGCAACUCCAUCGCGCUGGUAUCCGACUCGUUCAACAUGCUGUCGGACCUCAUCUCGCUCUGCGUGGGGCUGUCCACCGGGCGCAUCGCCCGCCGCUCCCGCCGAGGCCCCCGCGCCACCUACGGCUACAGCCGGGCCGAGGCGGUGGGCGCCCUCAGCAACGCCGUCUUCCUCACCGCCCUCUGCUUCACCAUCUUCGUGGAAGCCGUGCUGCGCCUCGCCCGGCCCGAGCGCAUCGACGACGCCCAGCUGGUGCUCAUCGUCGGUGCCCUGGGGCUGGCCGUCAACCUGGUGGGGCUGCUCGUCUUCCAGAACUGGGCCGCCUGCUGCCGCUGCUGCCACCGCUCCGAGACCCCUGCAGAGCGGGCGGUCGGGCCGUCGGAUGGCACCGCCGAAGCAGGUGAAUCACCUAAUGACCAAAAAAGCCCUGAGGAGGGGCCUGCGAGGAAAGUAGAGAAAAAGUCCGAAGCUUUGAACAUCAGAGGUGUUCUUUUGCAUGUUAUGGGAGAUGCACUUGGAUCUGUUGUUGUGGUAAUUGCUGCUACAAUCUUCCAAGUGCUUCCUCUGGAUGCUAGUGCUCCCUGUAACUGGCAGUGCUACAUUGAUCCAAGUCUGACAAUAAUUAUGGUGUUCAUAAUCUUGUCUUCGGCGUUCCCACUCAUCAAAGAGACCUCAAUUAUUUUGUUGCAGAUGGUUCCCAAAGGUGUUAAUAUGCAACAACUGACUGACAGGCUAGCUUGCAUCCCAGGGGUUAGCAGCCUUCAUGAGGUGCAUGUGUGGGAGCUUGCAGGUGGCAAGAACAUUGCUACUCUUCAUGUCAAGUGCCAAACACCUACUGAUUACCAAGAUGCUGCCUAUAAAAUACGGAAGGUUUUCCAUGAAGCAGGGGUUCACUCUGUGACCAUCCAACCUGAGUACAUUGACCACAAGACCUCCAGUCUCCUGUGCAGCUCACCUUGCAUCUCAAAAACUUGUGACUCUCAGCUCUGCUGCAGUCAACAGGACGCACCACUGGUUAAAACUAAUGGCUAUACUGAAAAAAAUGAUAGCUGCCUUUCUGCACAGCGUAAAGAAAAUGGUUCAAGUAAAAGUGAUAUUGAAAUCCAUGUUGACUCUCCACUGGCAGAGAAUGGUGUUAAAGACAUGAAAAAUGGCGAAAUGUCUGAUGAUAAGUCACAGUUGAGCAGUACACGUUUUUAAACAGUUCUGUCUACUCUGAAAAAUGUUUUCAUAGAAUAAAUGUGGCCAGGCAGAGAAGUGUGUCAGCAGUGGUUGUAGCUGAAGGUGGUAUGGCAAAAAGAUUUCUGUGCUGUAGCUGUAAACCAAAAUACACCAAAAAAAGCAUGCAUCUGAGAUGAGGCUCAAUAUUUCCAUAAAAUGUGUUGCGUUCAUCUAAGACUUUUUUCUGAUACAGCCUAGCACAGUUCCUAAUCAAACUGUGUGUUUGUUCCUAUUGCCUGAAUGGGCAAGGUGUAUUGUUGUCUACCCUGAUGCUUGCAGUGUAUGGCCAGUACCACUGGGAAUGAAAACGAGCUGCUGCCUGAGAGCUCUGUAGCAAGUUAAUGAUUGUACUGGGCUGAAGUACUCUGUGUUUAUAAUGGACUUAAGCAGAGAUGUUUUACUGAUCCUCAGAACCAACUUUGCAUAUCCAGUAACUUGUGCUUCUGAAGCUUGUGAACGAAACUAAGGGUGCCUGAAUGAUGGGAGAGCACUCGGGAAUAGUUGGCUUGCAUUAUUUUCUUGACUUCUGUGUUUGGGGGUGGAGCAGGAAAUGGUCUUACUUCUCUAUUAGUAAUACUGGAACUUUAGCCUAAUCACAGAUACUCGAUGCUUAAGAACAUGCACUGUGUCAUGAAAGUAAGGAAUUAUUUAGCCUUGUCUAUAUUGAUUCUAACAGAUAAAAAUGCAAGCAAUCAUCCAAUUAACUUUUGAUCUAGUUCACUGUUGUGAUUGCACAACUCAGUUCUUACCCUUCUCCUCCCUUCCGAACAACAGAAGUUGAAACAGAAAUGAUAUUAAUUCAUUACCGUGGGGAACGAUUGCAGUAUAUUUAAUUCUAGCAUCUGUCCUUAUCCCUGCUGAACAAAUAAACUAGUCUGUCUAUUAUGAGUAGUUGCAAACUCUGCAAUUCUAUUACUGGGACAGUUUUAUAUUCACUGAGAAAUUCCAUUUGAAGCUUUAUAAAACAAUGUUAUCACUUAGAGGGAACUUUUUUAAUAUUAAAAAAAGAACAAAUGUGGGAGCUUUUUCUAUUUUAUUCCUAAUUAUUUGUUGAUUUAUUGAAAAAAAUCUAAGCCCUCCCUCUGCCCAGUUGUGCAUGCCCAGUCACCAAAUGUUGGAUUUUGGUUCUGCUCUCUAGCUUUUUGGGAGAGGGAUUCCCACUACCUAAUCUAUGCUGAGUGUAGUUCUUAGCCUCCAGAAGCUUUCAAAUACAUUUUUGCAAUUGAAAGCAGCUUUUCAGUGCUCCGUGUGGCCUGGACAGGCUAUUUAGGUAGCUAUUCCUGAAGACAUCUUUGUAAAAUAGCGGUAUCUUUAACUCAGGGACAAAACAGUAGAAAGGGCAAAUCAAUCCCCUGCUGGGCUGGGGAAAUACUGGGGCUUCCUUGCAAGGCUGGCUUGGAAGCAGACAAGUCCUUAAUAAGGAUGAUUACAUUAAAUCAAUGAAUAUUCAAACACACAGCAGGGUAUUUUGCUGCUUGGAAAAUUGUGUUUACUCGAGCAGUGUGAUAACAGCUUAAAUUGCACACUUCUAGUUUGUAUUUACCCUUCUUGAGCAGUUCCUGGAUGAAUUAAAGUAUUCAUAGCCUUUAUGAUGGGUUUUAAAUAUAAAAAUUGAUCUGUAUCCUAAUGCUAUUAAAACCUUCAUCCUCCCAUUCUGUUUGAUCCUGUUUGCAGCUCUUGCACAAAUUAUGAAAAUCAGGAAGCAUUACAGCAACUGCCCUGCUCUUUGAGAGGAUGUGAAGUAAGACAGCCCUUACUUCAGGUUUCUUGUCCUCAUUUUUGUCUGCGAUGAGAUCUAAAUGGAGGGGCUUAGAUUUCAAUAACAAAUACAUAGGUUUAUUUUCUGUGAACUGGAAUAGAAGGCUCCCAAAAUGUCAACAAAAUCUGUGCAGGAAUUUACAGCUCACAUGCUCUCUAAAACAAGCAACCUUUCUUAAUUAUGCAUUUGUCUCUUAAAUCAGGUAAUCUUUUUAUAUAUGCAUUUUAUUAAAUGGUUUAAAGGUUGGAGUGUCAGUAUAGUUUUACUCUGGAAUUAGAGAAAAUGAGUGUGUGUAAUGUUGGGCAUUUGAUGAAAUACACCAUCUUCAUCUUUCCAAUGUUUAUUGAAACAGUGGUUAUCUUUUUAAGUUUUUGAAGUGUUGUAACUUGAAAAUACAAUGAAGUAACAUAAACAGUUUUUCUUGUCUGGUUGAAUGUACUGUGAAUAAAUAGGAAAAUACCAAGGACUGUAGAAAUCUUCAGGUCUAGAAAAUGAGCAAAUUAAAAAACAAAGCAGUUUUAUUAGCAAGCAAAGCCAGCAGAGCUAUGUCAGUGAUGAGGUGAACCUUGCUUUUUUUUCCAUGCAGGGCCUGUCAGGGUACCCAGCGAAGGUUUUUGACCUGGUAUCCUUGCCUUCCUUUCAGCUCAGCAACAAAAUGUUUUUCUCCUGUUUCAAAUGUGUGGCGGGUGGUGUGCUCUGCUGGGUGGUCCUUUUCUAUUUUGAUAGAUGACAUCAUUCCAAUCAGUGUGUAUUUUGUUUUGGCUAAUUUCCCUUAAUUUCUUGGUGUUCCAAUGCUCUUGAAGUAUGCUUACCUCAUUUUGAAGUACAAUAUACUUCAAUAUUUGCACUUACUUAUGGGCACUUGUUCUAAAUUCGGCUUUGUAGCAUAUUGCAUUGUCAUAAAUUUUCCUUCCUGUCCUGUUAAACUUAAUUGCUUUAUUUCUCCCUCCAAUUCAGUGAUGGAAAAGUUCUGACUGCUGCGGAUGGAUUGCACAAACUUUUCUCUUCAAGUACUCCCUUCUGAGUGCACCAUCACAGUACUCAGUUUCUCUUGUAGUGAUUUUUUUUUUCUCCUUCCCACCUAUCCAUCACUGCUCUUAGGUAAGGAGGUAAUUUUCAAACAUGUAGUCGUGUUAUGUGAUCCUCUGAUCUAUAACAUGUGGUCCUCAUGAUCCAUGAGCCAUACAUGUGACCUACUUGUAGGGCAACAGAACAUUUACUAGCCUUAGCAAUAGUUCUGGAGAAAGAGUUAAAUCUGGAACAAAUUCACAUGGCAAUGAACGCAAAGGCAAUUGGCUGGCUUUCAUCAUUAUGAGCCUUGUUUGAAUGGAAUUCAAUUUUUUGUCGCCUUGUCAUAUGUUCUUUCAUCAAACACGUACAUUCAAUUACAACUCUCCAAAGUGCAAAUCUUACCUUUGCUCUUCUGUCUCAAGAAAAAUAACAUGGCUUUUUUUUUUUUUUUUUUUUUUUUGGACCUGUAACUAAAUCAUUAUAUUUUUUUUCCUCUUAAUGUUCAUAUUUAUUCUUAAUCUUUAGAAUAGUAGAUCAGUUUUGCUAUCCUUCUGGUCAUGAGCAUGUACCUAUAAUAUGAUUUAGAAUACCUCUUUCGUGUACUUAUUGGUUUAAUUUUUGCACUUCAUAUUAUGCAAGUUCACCCCCUUUGGUUUUGCUGCACAGGGUACUUUAUCAUUGCAAACGGAUUGUUGACCUUGCUUAGUUCUUCUCACACUUUCCCUUUUUCCUGCUCUACUUUAAUACUUUCCUUUCUGAAUGUUCCCUUUUAUUCUGAAUCCGAGGUGGAUGGAUGGAUAGUUUGAUGUCAGUUGUUCCAAGGAGCAUUUAAUGUCCUUUGGUCUGUGUAGAAGUCUGCUGUUUAAGGAGUCAUAUGAUUGAGAUUAUAUGUAUUUAAAUUCCCCUGCACUCCACUGGAAACAUCUUUUUCAAGAAAGUUGAUUUCUGAACCUGCAAAGGUAUCAUGAAAUCAGAGAUGUUUGUUAGUCUUUCAUUAACACUUUAGGAGAAAAUCUGGAUCUCUCAUUAGAAAAAUGAGUAGAGGGGACAAUUCUGAAAAGAUAAUCCAAGCACUAUGAAAAUUUCUAUAGGUUUCUCUUAUUCUGCUGUACAAUGGAAACACUUUUUGUUAAAUACUUUAUUUAAGUAGUGAUGCUUUGGUUUGAGGAUGUUACUGUAUGAAGUUGUUACACGUAUGGAGUUAUGUUGCUUAGAACUUCUUCCAGUUUUUCUUUUCAUGAUGUGAUUUAAAUACUGUGCCAAAAUGUAAUUUUCUUGAUUGCCUAACCAAUGAGUUGUAAAUCUUGCUAUGGUUUUAUUCACUGUUAAUGAAAAAUGGGAAGUUUGAUGUACAGUUAUAUUUGUUUUCCAAAAUGAAGUUUGAAUGUGUUGUAAAUAAAGUGCAUUUUUA